AUGGGAAUUGAGAGCGGUGCUUUGCAAGAGCGCCUUGAGAGAUGGGCUCAGAGACUGAAGAACCUCACCAUCUCACCGCUCACGCGAGACUAUCCCGAAUCCACGUCGGCGGGGUCAACCAAGCGAGCAAUUGAAGCAUUUGAGUCGCUGAAGCUCUCGCCAGAUGAACAAGCAGCUGUGAAGAAGCUGUGUAAAUCUAAGGAAUCGACAUUCCUCGUCUUUCUCACUGCUCUUGUCGUCAUAGUUAGCAGGUUGACCGGGGAUGAGGAUAUCGCUCUGGGAACAAGCUCCGAAAACGAUGGCCGGCCGUUCGUAUUACGGAUACCUAUCAACCACAACGAAACGUUCUCCCAAUUGCUCGACAGGGUUACCAAGAUAUACGAUGAGAGUACCUCAGACAUAGUUCCACUUAGAAGUCUGCGAGCUCAUAUCCAAAACACCUCCAAGCUCGAGCAGGAGCCAGUACUCUUCCGCUUCGCUGCGUACGAUGCACCUGCUGCAUCCCAGGAUUACCCAGCAAAUACCUUUGAAACAACCGAUCUGCUCCUAAAUAUUGCAUCGUCUGACUAUGAAGUCGGUGGCUACUACAAUCAGCGUCUCUUUUCCAGUGUCAGGAUAGCUACGAUAUUAGCACAGAUCGUUCGUCUUGUCUACAAUGCGUCAAUUAACCCUGAAGAAACCGUUGGAAGGAUCGAAUUCCUCACUGAGUCGCAGAAGGCGCUGCUGCCAGACCCAACAAUUGAUCUGCACUGGUCUGACUUCCGUGGAGCAAUCCACGAUAUAUUUUCCCGCAAUGCGGAGGCGCAUCCAGAGAAGCUCUGUGUAAUCGAAACCAAGUCUCGGUAUAACCCACACAGACAGUUCACAUAUCGACAGAUCCAUGAAGCUUCGAACAUUCUUGGACACCAUCUUGUUCAGUCUGGGGUGGAAAGAGGCGACGUUGUCAUGGUGUAUGCCCAUAGAGGCGUUGACCUUGUCAUUGCUGUCAUGGGUAUUCUGAAGGCUGGUGGAACUUUCUCUGUCAUUGACCCAGCGUACCCUCCCGAGAGACAAAUUAUCUACCUUGACGUUGCACGACCUCGAGCUUUGAUAAACAUUGAAAAGGCCACUCUAGACUCCGGUGAGCUGGCCAACUCUGUUCGCGCCUUUAUUGACCAAAACCUGGAGCUUAAGACAGAAGUUCCAGCUCUUGUCCUAAACGAUGAUGGAACUCUUGAAGGAGGGUUGAUCAAAGGCGUUCCCGUUUUGGAAAAGCAGAUCCCGCUCAAGUCAACACCAGUGGGCGUAGUUGUUGGACCAGAUUCUGCACCUACCCUUUCCUUUACUUCUGGAUCAGAGGGCCGUCCAAAGGGUGUCAAGGGGAGACACUUCUCUCUUGCUUAUUACUUCCCAUGGAUGGCGAAGACCUUCAAGCUCACCCCUGACGACCGUUUUACCCUUCUCAGCGGUAUUGCACACGAUCCGGUGCAGCGUGAUAUCUUCACACCUUUGUUUCUCGGCGCUCAACUGCUGGUUCCUUCAAGAGAAGAUAUCCAAAACGAGCGUUUAGCUGAAUGGAUGCGUGAAUACAAGGCGACUGUCACCCACUUGACUCCUGCUAUGGGUCAGAUCCUUGUUGGUGGAGCUACUGCUCAAUUUCCAUCGCUGCAUCAUGCAUUCUUUGUUGGAGACAUCUUGAUUAAGCGCGAUUGUCGAUCUCUUCAGAGUCUGGCACCAAAUGUCAACAUUGUGAACAUGUACGGCACCACUGAGACUCAACGGGCUGUCAGCUACUUCGAAAUCCCUUCCUCGGCAGAGCAGGUGGGAUAUCUGGAUACCGUGAAAGAUGUCAUUCCUGCUGGAAAAGGGAUGGUAGACGUUCAAUUGCUUGUCGUUAAUCGGUUUGACCGAACCAAGCUUUGUGCCAUUGGUGAAGUUGGAGAGAUUUACGUGCGUGCUGGAGGCCUUGCCGAGGGCUACCUGGGUUCUCCCGAAUUGAAUGAGAAGAAAUUCAUUCCAAACUGGUUCGUCGAUCCUCAGACCUGGAAGGAUAAGGAAAAGGAACAAGCAUCUUCCUCUACCGAGCCAUGGAGAGAAUUUUAUGCUGGGCCACGGGAUCGUAUGUACCGCAGUGGUGAUCUGGGCAGGUACACUCCUACCGGCGACGUUGAAUGCUCAGGAAGAGCUGACGACCAGGUGAAAAUUCGAGGCUUUAGAAUCGAGCUUGGAGAAAUUGACACACAUCUAUCUCGCCAUCCCCUUGUUCGAGAAAAUGUUACACUGGUCAGACGUGAUAAAUUCGAGGAACCAACACUUGUCAGUUACAUUGUUCCUCAGAUGGAAAAAUGGUCUUCAUGGUUAGAACACAAAGGGUUAAAAGACAAUACAUCGGCCGAAGGAAUGGUUGGAAUGCUGACUCGGUUCCGGCCUCUUCGUGACGAUGCGAGGGAAUACCUUCGUGGGAAGCUUGCAUCAUAUGCAGUUCCAACCGUCAUCAUCCCACUACGAAGGAUGCCCCUAAACCCAAAUGGUAAAAUAGACAAGCCUGCUCUUCCAUUCCCUGACACAGCUGAACUCAGCGCUGCUGCUCCUCGCCGCCGAUCCUCGGUUUUGCAGGAGCUCUCUGAGACCGAGCAAGAGGUAGCAAAGAUCUGGGCUAAACUUCUUCCAAAUACCACUGCGAGAAUGAUCGGGCCAAAUGAUUCCUUCUUUGACCUCGGUGGACACAGUAUUCUUGCACAGCAGAUGUUCUUUGAACUCAGGAAAAAAUGGAGAAGUGUCGAUAUCAGCAUGAGUGCUAUCUUCCGAAACCCUACACUCAGGGGUUUCUGUAAUGAGAUUUCGCGUAUCCAAGAUAGCCACUCCUUGACUGGUGACAGUCAGAACCAGAGUACAGAGGGAGCGCAAGUAGAGAAGACGGUUAAUAAUGAGUACUCAAGAGAUGCGAAGGAAUUGGUUUCUAAACUCCCUGCUAAGUUUGCCGUGUCAGCUGAGGCUGCUUUGGAGGAAGGUUCAACGGUAUUCCUAACUGGGGCAACCGGUUUCCUUGGAGCGUAUAUCCUUCGCGAUCUUCUCUCUAGGUCCAACCCAUCUCUCAAAGUUGUUUGUCUCGUUCGUGCCAAAUCAUCUCAACUGGCCCUUGAACGAAUCCAGUCAACCUGCAAGGCAUAUGGAUUUUGGUCAGACUCCUGGGUUAAUCAACUAGAGUGCGUUCGGGGAAAUUUAGGUGAUGAGAACCUAGGCCUUUCCGCGGAUCAUUUCAACGACCUUGCAAACCGUGUGGAUGUGGUCAUCCAUAACGGCGCACUUGUCCAUUGGGUCUACCCUUAUUCCAACUUGAGAGGCCCCAAUGUCCUGGGUACUAUUGACACGCUACGCCUGUGUGCAUCUGGUAAAGCAAAACAAUAUGCUUUCAUCAGCUCUACUAGUGUGCUAGAUACCGACCACUAUGUGCAAGAAUCGGAAAGGAUCAUUGCCGAAGGUGGACUGGGUAUCAAUGAAUCCGACGACCUCGCUGGAAGCACAGAAAGUCUUGGCACUGGAUACGGACAGAGCAAAUGGGCUGGAGAAUUCCUUGUGAGGGAGGCAGAUACGAAUACCGACGAUUUCUUAAUUCGGAUGAUCAAGGGAUGUAUUCAGCUUUCGUCACGGCCGAACAUUCACAAUACCAUUAACAUGGUGCCUGUGGACCACGUAGCACGGGUUGUUGUUGCGUCGGCCUUCCACCCUCCAAAACCGGAGCUCUCCGUUGCACAUGUAACCAGCCAUCCUCGCCUCCGAUUCAACCAAUUCCUCGGCACAUUGCAAACAUACGGCUACGACGUCCCACAGGUCGAUUAUGUGCCAUGGUCUAGUUCGCUAGAGCAAUAUGUGAACGAUGCCCAAAAUUCUGUUUCUCAGCAUGCAUUAAUGCCACUCUAUCAUUUUGUCACUGCAGAUCUACCUUCAAAUACAAGGGCGCCCGAGCUUGAUGACACCAAUGCCUCGAUAUCACUCAAAUCAGACGCUGAAUGGUCCGGUGCUGAUGUAUCCGCAGGCAGUGGUGUAACCGAGGAACUAAUGGGUCUCUAUCUUGCCUACCUUGUCGCUAUUGGAUUCCUUUCACCCCCAACUGCUGCUGGUGUUAAGGCUCUCCCAACCGUCAAUCUUUCUGACGCACAAAAGGCUGCUCUUGCUGGCGUGGGUGGCCGUGGAGGUGCUUCUUGA